AAAACGAUCAGCCCAGAUUAAUUUGUUUCGUCGGUGGACGGAUCAGGAAAGAUCUCGCAAUUCUAUACCUCGACAUUAGCAUAGUACUCUUUUUCCCCUCAUAUACAACCACAUCAAGGAGAAUCAAAGAUCAAAGAAACACACACACACUCACUCACUCACCACCCGUCCAUCCAUCCAUCCCACCAACAGCAACAGCAACAGCCCACCAUGUCCUCCAUCCUCCGCAGACUCCAGGGGGGCAACCUCGAGGUGUUCAAGUUCGGCAUGUACAUCAUCUUCCCCAUCGGAUGGAUGUAUUACUUCGGCACGAACCUCGACGACCGCUUCAGCGUCCCCGGCUUCUGGCCCACCACCGAGCAAUCGCACAAAAUCCCCCUCGAGAAAGAAGAAAUUGAUCGCGAAUUGUCGCGCAUGCGCAUGUUGGAUGCGGUCAAGCGGGAGAAGCGACAGCAGCGCGCGGCGUUGGAGGCUGAGGCUCAAGCUCAGGAGACAUCUGCGAAUGCGGAGUAAAAAUGGACUACGAGGAUUAAUUGAUUGAUGCGGUGCGGUGCGGUGCGGGUGUGGUUGGUAUAUAAGAGGUUAUCGGUGAUUGUCUACACAGACUAUGGAUUUGGGGUGGGAUAAGUAUCUGUCUGAGCGGGGGGGAUACACUGGCGGAUCUGUUCGGAGCCGGCAUAUAUGUAUACUUUUGUAUGUGUACCGCACAUUUUCUGUGUGUGUGUAUGUGCGACGAAGGUGAAAAUGGGGGCUAUGUUGCACGGUGUCCUACUCGCGUACCCACGAUAGAGGGGACUUUUUCUGGUUUUGUAUAACACUCUUCUCUGAGCAUGGCGGGAGUUGCUUUUGGUUAAUGGGCUUGAUGAUUGGAUUGGGUAUAUUUGUGUUUAUAUUAUUUUACUUCAACUUAUAUGUACUUUUAUCUGG